UAUAAUCCACUGUGGUGAUGGCUACACUCACUUUCUUCUGCUUCAUCGCUCCCUAAACUACUAAACAGGCCUGAGGAGGAGGAGGAUCGCCUCUGCUGAACGGAACGGGGCCGCCUCCAUAAGAAUCCCAUCACCAAAUCAUAUUCAUUCAUUCAUUCGCACAGACGCAGAGAGGAGAUCUAGUCUAAUAGAGCAGAGGAGAGUCCCCGUUCUUGAACAGAAAUGGCCGCUCUGACUCUACCCCGGCCGCCCUUCUCUGCCUUCAUCCUCCUCCUCUUCCUCCUCCGGCUUCCCUAUUCCCACCAGCAGCAGCCGCAGACGCCUCCUGCCCCCUCAGCCGGCGGCGAGCUCUACUUCCCGGGGUUCAAGAACUCCGCCUCCAACAUCUCCCUCGCCGGAUUUGCCCAGAUUCAGCGCUCCAACGGCCUUCUCCAGCUCACCAACCACACCAGCCGCCUCCUCGGCCACGCCUUCUACUCCUCCCCUUUCCGCCUCAAGGCUUCCCCCAACGGUUCCGCUCUCUCCUUCUCCACUUCCUUCGUCUUCUCCAUCGUCCCCGAGUACCCGAAGCUCGGCGGCCACGGCCUCGCCUUCGCCCUCUCCCCCUCCCCUCACCCUGCCGCCCUCCCCAGCCAGUACCUUGGUCUCCUCAACUCCUCCGACAUGGGCAACUUCUCGAACCACCUCUUCGCGGUCGAGUUCGACACUGUCCAGGACUUCGAGUUCGGGGACAUUAACGAUAAUCACGUUGGGAUCGAUAUCAACAGCUUGGUCUCCAAUGACUCUGCUUCGGCCGCCUACUACGCUGGCGAUAGUUCAGGGAAGGUGGAUCUGAAUCUGAAAAGCGGGAAGCCCGUUUUCGCGUGGGUCGAUUACGACUCGGGCAGCACUACUGUGAACGUGACGGUGUCUCCCAGUUCUUCGAAGCCCACAAAGCCCAUCCUAUCAUUUAAGGUCGACCUGUCUCCCAUAUUGAAUGAACAUAUGUACGUCGGGUUCUCAGCUUCCACGGGUUUGCUCGCGAGCUCGCAUUACGUGUUGGGUUGGAGCUUUAGCAUAGGUGGAGGAGGAGAUAGCAGAGCUCUGGAGCUCUCCUCUCUGCCCCAGUUACCGGGACCGAAGAAAGACCAUCGAGUAGCUCUCGCCAUUGGGGUUUCCUUCUCGGUAGUCUUGGUUCUAGUUCUUGCGAUAGGUGCAGUGUUUUACAUUGUCCGGAAGAUCAGGAACGCAGACCCAAUCGAGGACUGGGAGCUUGAUAUCGGGCCUCACAGGUUCUCCUACCAGGAGCUCAAACGGGCAACCGACGGGUUCAAGGGCAAUCAGCUGCUGGGCGCUGGCGGGUUCGGGCAAGUCUAUAGAGGGAUACUACGAAACUCCAAGACCCAAAUCGCAGUGAAGCGAAUCUCCCAUGAGUCAAAGCAAGGGUUGCGUGAAUUCGUCUCGGAGAUCUCCACCAUCGGCCGGCUCCGUCACCGCAACCUGGUCCAAUUACUAGGAUGGUGCCGGAGAAGAAGCGAUCUGUUGCUUGUUUAUGAGUUCAUGCCCAACGGAAGCUUAGAUAAGUUCCUGUUCGAUGGGCCAGAGACAACCCUCGAUUGGGACCAGAGGUUCAACAUCAUAAAGGGAGUCGCUUCGGGGCUGCUCUACUUGCACGAGGGGUAUGAACAGGUCGUGAUCCACAGAGAUGUUAAGGCAAGCAAUGUGUUGCUCGAUGGGGAACUGAAUGGCAGGCUUGGGGACUUCGGACUGGCGAGAUUGUAUGAUCACGGUUCGAACCCGAGCACAACUCGGGUUGUGGGAACCUUGGGCUACUUGGCCCCCGAACUCUCGAGGACAGGAAAAUCUGAUGCAUUCUCUGAUGUUUAUGCCUUUGGCGCAUUUUUAUUAGAGGUUGUUUGCGGGAGGAGGCCGAUUGAGCCGAAGGCCCCAGCAGAGGAGCUUGUCUUAGUGGACUGGGUGUGGGAGAGGUACCGAGAAGGAAGAGUUCUCGAUGUGGUUGACUCGAAGUUGAAUGGAGAGUUCAAUGAGAGUGAGGUGUUAAUGAUAUUGAAGUUGGGGUUAAUGUGCUCAAACAGUAAGCCCGAUCAGAGGCCUAGCAUGCGGCAGGUAAUGAGGUACUUGGACGGGGAAGUCGAAGUGCCUGAGAGCUCGAGGGCCCCGGGGGCGCUUGAGGUGGAGAGGGGUCAAGGAGGGUUUGAGGAUUUCCUGGACUCAUUUGCGUCGUCCUCCUUUGAUAAUAUGAGCUCGUCCUCCUUCACAGGGAGAAGGGAUUUCGAUACGACCUUGUCACUCUCGACUCCUCGUUCCCUUCCGAAUGUUAGCACUGGCUACACUAGAUAGUCUUAAAGAGUGUCCAAAUUGGGCACUUCCAUUUUCUUCCUCUUCCUUUUUGUUGCAUUCAUCUUCCGUGGGUGAGAUUCUUUUAUAUAUUUUGCUGAUUUCUUAAGCUCCAUUACUGAAACUCUAAUCAGUAUCUGAGAAAUUUGUUGUUUCAUUCAUAUGUUUGUUGGGGGGAUGAAUAUUUGUAAAUAGCAGUUUACUUUGCAAAGAAAGUAACCCCAUAGCAGA